UCGCCUAAAGCUAGGUCUAUGGACUUGAAGAUUCGAAGGGUCCAAAAGCCUUUAAUCAAAGGAAUUGUAGCGAUGACCAGAGCUCUGGGCCAUCGAACCGAAGACCCUGUAACACAGGAGACUAUGGCGUUGUUAGCAAAUGCUAAUUAUGAAAUUCUUGUUUUAAGAAAGGAUCUACUGAAACUAGAAAUAAACAGACGAUAUGCACAUUUGUGUAAAGCUACGCACAAACCAAACGAAUAUCUGUUUGGUGACCUUGGUAAGACUGUGAAAUUACUCGAUGAUGAGCGAAAGGCUAUAUUGGGCUUGUUUGCAGCAAAUAGCUCCCAGCAGUAUAAACACUCGACAAGAUACAGUCCAUACCCAAAUCCAGCUUUUCAAAACAGGGGGAAACAUUUUUUAGCCCCAAGAGGUCGACGACCAGCUGCAUCGUCGACCGCAGUACACCAGCAGAAAGCAUACCAUCAAAAGAAUUGGGUUCAAAAUCAGAACAAGCACCAGAAAAGAUUAUCAGGGGAGCAAUAGGAGACAUCCCACAGGCCACUAAGGACUUCAUCAAAUCUUCAAGAGACCAGUAUGCUGUUUGCAGUAUAUCAGGAAGUGGAUGUUAUUUACAGACAACAAACCCAUUCAGUCAGAC